AGACAGACAACAAACAAACCCAAAGAAACUCCUCGAAAAACCGAAGCAGAUUGCAGAAUCAUUCGUCAAUCCAUCCAUCUCUCUGAUCGAUCGGAGGGGGAUGGGGUCGGAAGUGAAGGAGGAGGUGGCGAUGGUGUUCACCUACGGCACGCUGAAGAAAGGAUUCCACAAUCACCGGGUGCUGGAGGAGCUGGUGGCCACCGGGGAGGCUGCGUUCCUGGGGAGGUGCCGCACCUCCAUCAGGUACCCUCUAGUUUGCGGGCCCUACAGAGUCCCCUUCCUCCUCGACCUCCCCGGCUGCGGGCGCCGCGUGUCCGGCGAGCUCUACUCGGUUUCGUCGGGGCGCGCCCUCUCCCUGCUGGACGAGCUGGAGGGCACAUCUCGCGGUCAUUACCAGAGGCGUCCCAUCGAGGUGGAGGUGGUGGAGCCGGCGGAGGAGGAAGGGGAGGGAGAGGGAGAGGGAGAGGGAGAGGGAGAGGGAGAGGAAGAGGAGAGGAAAAGGAGGAGGAAGACGAGGAGGAGAGCGGAAGCGUACUACGCGGACAGCAGGUACGCGAUGGAGAUGUGGAACAAGUGUGGGAAGGAAGGGUACGAGAGCUACACGGAGGAGGUGGCGCGUGGGUACGUGAAGCGUGGGGACAGGCCUCCCCACCUCUCCUUCCUCGAUCACAUUCGCUUCUUCCUCUCCUCCUCCUCCUCCUGAUUGCAUUCACCGCCACUUUUGUCUCCCUCCUUAUUAGUCUCGUACCCAACGAUCUGCUCUA